UUGACAAAUUGACAAAACAAGCCAGUCCUCUAUCUCGGUUGAUGACAACACAGGGCAUUCACAUGUACCAUGCCAUCUACAGUAGAUGUGAAAGCCAGAAUUGGUGACCUUGAAGCAUUCAAGGAGAAAGUAAAGGUCAAGAGCCAAUCCGAGGGUGAAAUCUUAGUUCAGGAGGAUAUUUUCUUCAAUGUUCCUCAGGGAAGGUUAAAGUUAAGAAAUACAGAGAACAAGAGAUCAGAGUUGUGUUUUUAUGAGCGCCCUGAUCAGAAAGAGGGGAAGCUGAGUGACUUUGCCACCUCCUUUAUAAGUGAUCCAGAGGGUCUAAAGGAAACUUUGAAAAGAGCUCUUGGGAUCAAAGGAAUAUUGAAAAAAGUGCGAAACUACCAUCAGGUUGGCCAGACCAGAAUUCAUGUGGACCAUGUAGAAGGUGUGGGGAACUUUAUGGAAUUAGAGGUGGAACUUAGACAGGGACAGUCCAUAGAAGAGGGGCAGGCAGUUGCCAUGAAAAUGAUGGAGGAAUUGGGAGUGCCCACUGAUGAUCUCAUUUCUGUGGCCUAUAUUGACCUUCUACUCCAAAAACAGACUUGCUAAUCUUUCUUUAUUUUAAGUUUGCUGUAGCACCCCACAGAAAUUUAUACUUUAUUGCUGUGCAUAGUUUCAAGUCCAAGUGCUACUUUUCCUUUCUUGUAUACCAAAACUUCUAAACUUCAAAUCUUCUACUGUUGUCUGCGGAAUAGAAUGUACCCUUUGUAGGCUUAUUUAUGUUGGUGAAACUAAUGGUUCACUUAUAAAAAAAUAUCAGGGCAUAGAUUUCAAAUUAACAACGAGGGCCGGCAGCUUCUAUACAAGCACUUUCAUUUUCCUAUUAUUAUAUUUUAUCAAUGAAAGUAAGAUUUACCAUCAUUCUAAUAGCCCAUCAUUGAAUACACCUUUCCAUAGACAACAAGUGAAUACUGGACUAGAAAACCAGGCAUGGCUGGAAUAUGGCUGCAAUGACAAUGUUGAUAAUGUUGGGAAUCUUUCAAAUCCACAGCAAUUUGAAUCUGAGGGGACUUUUUAACAAUACAUGCAGAGACAUAUGCAUAGUCAUAGACAUUGCUCUGACAAUAAAC